GCACUAUCAAGAGAGAUUCAAGUGAGGGUUAUAUUUCUGACAAGUCAUCAUCCAAUGAAGCAAUGGACCAGCUGAGCCCAGAAGCCAAUGAGAGAGCAGUCCUGGCUAUGAGGGUGACAGCAUCUCCUCAGGUGCAUUUGGAGCAGGCUACAGAAAGUCAAUUACAAACUCAGUCGAGGGCUCACUUCAGCAGGCAGCCAGUGAAGUACCACAGACAGGGUUCAGCAGGAGCGCAAUUAUGCAAAGCAGGCUCUCAGUCAUGGGACGAGGAUAAUUCUGGGAGCAGGGAAGGAGUUGUUUCAAGAAGCACAGACAGCAGUCGCAGCUCCUCUCCUGAGCCCCAGACCCCAAUGAAAACUCACUGCCUACUACAUGAGACCCCCAUCCCGCAGAAUAAGACUGCAUACACCUCUGAGACUCAGACUGCACCUCAUGCAGGGGUAAAAAGAACUGUAUCGGAUGAGGGGGUUAAAGCAGUAGCUUCUUCGUUCAAAGAACAUGUGGGACAAAUGGGAAAACGAAAUACCAACCAAUCCAAUAACACCCUGGUGGGGAGAGAGCGCCUGAUCCGAUCCUUGAGGAGGCAUCCGACAGAGGAGAAAACGACCCAAAAAGUUCUGUCCGGACUGAAGCUAAAACGCAGUGAUUCAGGGAAGGGCGAACUGCUCCAUUUUGUUUGACAGUGAUUGAAACGGAACUAAAAUGUUUACUUAAUUUCUGGGGUUCCUUAAAUUCACUGGAAUGCAUCCCAUUUCGGGCUGUAAAGUAUUUUUAGUAUGAACUGCACAUUUUUAGUUUUCCUGCUUUGUGGCACAUGACGUAGGCCUAUGGUACAGUUAAAUCACAGUACAGAUGGUAGUUUCCAUUCUCACUAGAAAUUUGGCAGAAAAUGUACCUGUGUUUAUUUGAGAUGCAUAGACAGCCUGUCUUGUAUAGAUGUUUGAUGCUGAAUCAUGACUCCUUUGGGAUAUGCAAUAUAUGGAAACAAAACAAAAAA